GCAAGGAUACCUACAGAAUAUCAAGCAUGAUCUCCUUCAAAUAAGGGUUAUAUCACUUCGUUGUUGUGAAUUUUGGAGCACUGUUCAAUCUCUGACAUUUCCUAGGUUCAAGUUGUACAUUGUACCGUUUAGAAGAGAGAGGAUCUCAACUCAAGACAAAACCUUCAUUGUAUUCCUGUGGGCUCCCACUUGAUGCAUUGUUCCUGUUUCCAAAUUUCCAUUAUCACAUCGGAGACGAUUUUUAUAUGGACAUUUUAUAUCAAAAAGCGGAAAAAAGUGCGAAACUGUUGGGUUCAAUAGAAACCCUAGCUCUACAAAAUAGAGAACUGUAGUUUGGAUAUAUCCCAUGUGAAAUCAUAGUGCAAGUCUUUUGUAGAAUGGUUUGACGACUCUCCUUUUCUACCACUUCGUGCAAAAAACUCAUUCCUGGAAACGUUUUCCAGCGUAUCACGUGACCAAGCAAUUGCCACUUGCUACAUGAUCACUCGAUGCCAGGAUAAAUGUGUUUACAAGGAGUAUCUGCUCUCAGGGAAAAAAGGAUUUAAUGAUAGAUUGCUUCAGAGUGUCAAAUCAAUAUCUUUUAUUUGCAAUUUGCACUUCAUCAAAACUAGCGUAUAGGGAGAAUUUUACCGAUUUUUACCGAUCCAGUUCUUCAUAAGGAAACACAUUCACUGAGUAAUUGAGUCAAGAUGAAACUGGAAAUGAUAAUGAUGAUGACGGUUGCCUUCGGAGAAAUUCUCUUUGUGCUGUCACAGGAAUGUCCACCGUUCGGGAAAAUGAAAUUUCGUAAAGUGAAAUAUCGCAGUAAUCUUCAAAUUGCGAGAUUUCGGUGCAGACGAAAGUCUCAACUUCUUGGUGCCAAGCUUUUAAUCUGCUUAAGUGGAAAAUGGAACCACCCAGCGCCAGUGUGCAUAGCUCCUGGAUGUGAAAUACCAGACUCUACGGCAAAUCUGAUAAUGACGACAUCAAGAAGGGACGCACUGCUGACACUAGAAUGUCAGCCUGGCUACACAUUACAGGGGCCUAAAACCAUUUACUGUGACAAGGUAAAAUGGAGUGCUCCUAUUUCUACGUGUAAAUAUAACGAGCCAGACUUGCUGUGUACGUUUGAGAGUACUGAUCUUUGUGGUUGGAAUCAACGAGAUCACUCCGACUGGACAGUAAGAAGCGGCGGAACCCCUACAAGUAGAACAGGGCCUGACAACGACCACACGUUUGGUUCUGUCGGUGGCGGUCAUUAUCUGUACAUGGAAUCUUCACCACCACGUAAGGAAGGACACACUGCUACAAUAUCUUCACGGUUUUAUAGACACCUUCAGAAUGGAACAUGCUUCGAGUUUUAUUACCAUAUGAAGGGCCUACCCGGUCCAAACGAGGUUGGUAGAUUGCUGGUGUACGUGAGACGAGCCGAAGAAGAUAUAGAGGAAAUAUUGCCCUCCUUUAACGAGUCUGGACAUCAAAGUGACCACUGGUUGAGGGGCAGCUUCGAAAUUCGUGAUGUCACGUCUCCAAUUCAAAUUGUGGUAAUAGGUAUCCGGGGUAAGAGCGCUCUUGGAGACAUCGCCUUUGAUGACGCGAGAAUGUACAAUUGUUCAGAUGAUGUCGAUGACGUCACAACUGAAAGUGAACAACUUACAACCAUGCAACCGACGACAGAAUUUAGAGAUUUAUCGACAAAAACAUCCGGUGAAUUUACAACUGAUAGUCUAUUGAACGUCUCCAUGAUGAAUGGUAUUUCUUCUGAAGAAAUUACUACUCAUGCUUCCGGUUCCUUCACCGUUAACUUGUCUACCGCCCCGCCUCAAGUCGUUGAAGUUACUACGGAAUCCGUACCAACAGAGGAAACAACGAUGGAAAUUGCGACAAUCGUUGUUACGACAGCGACAGAAACAACUCUACCUUCAAAAACUCCAACAACGACCACGACGAGGAAACCUACUAUGAAACCAACCACGAAACGUCCAACAACUAUAAAACCAACCACGAAACCUCCAACAACUAUGAAACCAACCACGAAACCUCCAACAACUAUGAAACCAACCACGAAACGUCCAACAACUCCAAAAUCAACCAUAAAACCCUCCACAACUCCAAAACCAACCACGAAACCUCGAACAACUCCAAAACCAACCACGAAACCUCCAACAACUAUAAAACCAACCACGAAACGUCCGACAACUAUUGAACCAACCACGAAACGUCCUACAACUAUGAAACCAACCACGAAACGUCCAACAACAGAACCAACCUCGAAACCUACAACUACAAAACGCUGGACAGUGACAACAAAGAAAGAAACUUUAAAACCAACUUCAAUGCAAACAACAAGUACAACACUGAUGUCAACAACAACAAAAACAGCACUAAAGACAUCAUCGGAAGCACCAAAAGCUGAAGUCACAAAGCAAGCUUCUAUUUCAACCACUACAAAUACGGCCCAGAAAAGUACGACGACAGUUUCUGACAAUUCCAUACCGGAAGUCACAAGAACACCACAAAAUAAUAAUGAAACAGACAUUCCAAACGUGAUUCAGGUUGGUAAAAGAACCAGUCAAUCAAAAGGCCCGGUAAAGCCUUUGAUGAUUGGUGUUGGAGUGGGCGUGGCUAUUGGGUUAGCGAUCGUUUUGGUAAUAGUGUUUCUAUAUAUGAAGAAACAGCGAAAGAAACAUGACGAUAUGGAAGACGAGAUGGCACCAAUCGCCAGAAAUGCUUACAGUGAAUGGUAACGAAUGGCAAAGGUUUAGUGAACAUUUAAGACAUUGAAAGAUAGACCUUGUUUGGCUUGCUUAAGGAAUAUUAUCAGCACUUCCUGAUUCUUGUCAAUAUUUCUCGCAUACCACUCAGCCUAAGCAAUAUCACAUCAAAACGAAAAUCUACAUCUCAGCUGUAAUAGAAAUAAUCCUGGAAUUUUUAAUCCAAACACAGAUGCAUGUAUUCUCAUCUAAUUUCGUAAUAUUGUUUGAAAUCUUUAAAUAUGUUGUCGCCGGUUUUGGGUUUUAUGUAUAUAUGACAUGUCAGACUUCAAAAUAGACAAAAACUUCAAACAAAUGUCUGUGCAAACUAUGACAUCACAGGAAAUCUUUAAAGGUCGACAAAUUGAUGUUCUUUUUCAACGCAGCUUUGCUAUCACUGAUAAAAGUUUAUAUAAAUUUAACUUUAAUUGUAAAUUACCUGUUAAUUCACUUACUUCAAUAAUCAAUACACACUGCUUACGCUCAAUAUCAACACCAUUCACCCUGUAUCUGAAAAUCAAGGUACUAUAAAGAGUUGUCUUUUGUCGAUGGCUAAUUUUUUCAAUGUAUUAAACAAAAACUCGCAUGUAUUUUUGCUAUUACCCUUUCCCCCCAAUACUUUUUUAUCUCAGUUUUAUUCCUUUUUUGAAAAUAGCGAAAAAAUAGAACUCAACCAAAAUUAAGAAUUUUGCACUAUCUCGCAGUUAAGAGGCAAGCAUUCGUUUCCCGCGAGAAGAAAACUUUACAUGGAGAUUAUUCCUGUCACAAAUAUUUUAUGUCAGUAGAACAUUUGACUUUUCAACUUCCGGUGUUUGUUUAGAUCCCUGACCUGUCUUUCUCAAAAAGUUAAUAAAACGAUGUCCUGUUCUGUCUCGGCUGUGUCCUAAGACGAACCACUUCCAUAAUUGCAUUGAAUAGCAAGCGGCAUGCCUUCCGCAUGCUGUUCAGUGAAGUAGCUACCAGACAGCAAAGAUAAACUCCAAUGUCCAUGGGACGAUAAACUCAUUCCGAAUAUUGCCAUGAAUGCUUCAUCGAAAAACAAUCAUAGGAUAAGAUAUUAACGUUGAUCUGAAGCUAUAUUUUGGUCAAAUUUGCAGUCGGCGUUUUCGAUAAGCAUUCGUCAUUUAAAGAAACGAAAGAUAAAAAGUUUAUGCAAUCUUUUUAAUCAGAAAACUUUCUGGAGAUAUGGAGCCUUGACCUGAAGAUGUUACACAUUUUUUCCACAUACAGUAUGCUUUCAUUUCUGCAAGUCUCUAUGUUGGCUAUAUCAUUGAGACUGACUAAACGUCAGUGGUUGCCAAGGUAACUAAUUCUCAAUUUUCAGUGUACUGUGAAAUUGGUUUGCUGCUGGAAUUCUGCAAGAACAGCUGGGCACUUACGUUUGUGUUCUCGUUUUAGAGAAACUUUUUUUUAUCAGACAGCUGUAAAUUUUGUCUUUUUUAUUUUCUAAUUUCUUAAACAACCUCUUAAAACUCACUUAUGUGCAAAGGUUCAAUUAUUUUAAGAUUUAAGCUUUUCAGCUAAAAUGUUUUUUUUUCUAAAAAAAGGCUUGAAAUGUGUGGAUUGCAAAAUACACUUGAUUAUGAAAGUGUGACAUAUUGUUAAUGCUGUAUAUUCAAAUUACUUUAUAAAAAAACAACCUUAUGAUCUUUUUUAUACUUAAUCAAUUAAUGCUUAUGUAUAUAUUUGAUAUAAUGUAAAUAGUUUUGGUACUAAAAUAGCAGGGGAUGAUGAAAUCACAUGAUGUAUUUUAUACCAUAAUGGACAUACAUAUGUAAAUAUAUAUUCAUUCUUUUAAUGAAACAAUACUUAACCAUUGCAUAUUGCAGUAGAAUGUGUUAGAGUCAUUGGUCAGUAUUGGAUUUCAGAUAAUUAUGUGUUUUGUCUGAUUUUAUCAUUUUUGUGUGAGACAUUUAUUGACCGUCAUCAAAUGUGUGUCCAUUUCCCAUUUCAAUAAUAAAAAAUGUGAUGAGUGUAAUAGAUUUAAAUAAUUGAUAGACACCAAGGCUUGAUUUAAAAAAAAAAAAAAAGUCAAGAGCUAUUCCACAAAUUCAUGACAACUUUAAAAAUCUUAUAUUGGUUUGAAUUAUCGAGAUUUUGGCUCUAUUUUAACGUUACAUCGUUAUUAACGUGUAGUGUAUCUGUGACAUUCAUAGUUAUGACGUAGUCAUUCAAACUGCCAAUCACAGCUCCCCUAGGUGUUAUAGAGCACGUGCAUUGGUACAACAUGGAUGCUAUAUAUUUUUUUGAUCAUAGGGCUCAUAAUUGUGUCCAAGACAUAAUUUCAUCACUAUUAUAUCUCAGAUUAAAACCAGUUGAAUAAUAUUGUUGAUCAAAUAUUUACAUAUUUACCGUAAAGUUUGGUGAUCAAGAUUUCCGUGGGUUUAUCAAAAGAUUGAAGCAACAUGGAAAUACUGUUAGCUUAAAUAAUGAAUCUACCUUUGCUUUUUUCUCUCUUAAUAAAUUUCAUUUGAAAAGGAUUUAUUUUUGAUAGUAGAAAUCAUAUCAAAUUCCGAAUACACGCCAGCAAUAACUGCUUAUUUUCAAAGACGGUGUAGAAAGUUCUGAAAGACUACUUUUUUGAAAACAACAAGAGUCAGACAAAGGGCAGUAACUCAGGUAGAUCAUAGUGUUUUUCCCGAACAGCAGUUUAUAAUGGUUUGGUAUAAAAUUGUUAAAUAACCCUGCAAACAAGAGUUAUCUCCCUAUAUAUAUACAACACGAUGCCAGCAUAGUUGUGGACAGUAGAUCUGUAUUCUCAUUCUGAUCCCAAGAGUUACUUCCCGUCGUUUUAUUUAGUCAGUACAGCUGCAUGUAUAAGGUUGACAGCCAAUAGAGGUACUGAACGUGCAUUCCAAGAUGUCGAAUUUCAGUUAUUUUGGAGCUUUGAUUGAAAUAAAAAUUUACGUGUUUAUUCACUUCAGAUGAAAAGAACAACCUAAUUCCAUAAGUACGAAAUCAAAGUGACCACUAUCUAUAUCAUACAUAUAUUGUAUAUAUUUCUAGUAAAUAGAUUUUCUCAACAAUGUGGUAUCAUGUUUUUAUACAUAAUAAAUAAUUCAAUUGUAAA